CCUCAGUCUGCUGAAUCAAAACAAUGGCCGACUGGCUAACUAGCGUUUUGCCUUGUGUGCUCUUUUUAAGUGUUUAACAGAUUACCUUCACAGUCUCUGUUUACGGGGGUCUGACUGGGAUGGAUAGAUGAUUUAAUGAGUGUAUUUUGUAGGAAGUCAGCCAGCUGCCAAAAUGAGCGAUGUUGUGGAGAAGACCCUGACAGCUCUGCCGAGCCUCCUGUCUUUAGACUCCCAACCUGGAUCUGCAAAACUGUCCUCCACCUCAAAACUGGGAACCCUCAUCAGAGGAAUCACUGAGCUCACUUCCAAACAUGAGGAAGAGAAACUCAUUCAACGUGAACUGGCAUCUAUCAAAGAACAGGUGUCAUCCCCCAACACCUCCAUGAGGCAGAUGAAGGAGCUCAUGGUGAGAGCCAUCUACUGUGAAAUGUUGGGUUAUGAGGCUUCAUUCAGCUAUAUUCACGCCAUCAAACUGGCUCAACAAGGCACUGCUCUGGAGAAGAGAGUCGGUUACCUCGCUGUCUCCUUGUUUCUGAACGAAAGUCAUGAGCUGCUCCUUCUCCUUGUGAACACUGUAUUAAAGGAUCUUCAGAGCACAAACCUUAUUGAAGUGUGCAUGGCUCUAACUGUUGUCAGCCAAAUGUUCCCCAAAGAUAUGAUACCUGCGAUCCUUCCUCUGGUGGAAGAGAAACUCACUCACCCAAAAGAAAUCAUACGGCGAAAAGCUGUUCUGGCACUGUACAAAUUCUACCUAAUAGCACCGAAUCAAGUUCAACACAUCCACAACAAGUUUCGCAAAGCUUUGUGCGACAAGGAUCCUGGUGUUAUGACAGCCUCACUACACAUCUACUUACAGAUGAUCACGGAGAAUCCUGAAGGUUAUAAGGAUCUGGCAGCAUGUUUUGUGACCAUACUGAAGCAGGUGGUGGGAGGAAAACUGCCCAUGGAUUUUAAUUAUCAUAGUGUUCCUGCUCCCUGGCUUCAAAUCCAACUCCUCAGAAUAUUGUCCUUACUUGGAAAAAAUGACCAGAGCGCAAGUGAGAUCAUGUAUGAAGUCCUUGACGAGUCUUUACGAAGAGCAGAGAUGAACCAUAACAUCACCUAUGCAAUAUUAUACGAGUGUGUAAAAUGUAUUUACACAAUUCAUCCCAAAUCUGAACUUUUGGAAAAAGCUGCAAAGUGCAUCGGCAACUUUGUGCUGUCACCUAAGAUUAAUCUCAAAUAUCUUGGCUUGAAGGCCCUCACCUAUGUGGUCCAGCAGGAUCCUAAACUGGCCCUGCAGCAUCAGAUGACCAUCAUAGAGUGUCUAGAUCACCCUGACCUCAUCAUCAAGCGUGAGGUGCUGGAGUUGCUGUUUCGGAUUACUAACGCCCAGAACGUCACGGUCAUUGUUGAGAAGAUGCUGGAGUUUCUGAGCAUCAGUAAAGACGACUACACUACUAUUGACCUGGUGGGGAAGGUGGCAGAACUGGCAGAAAAAUAUGCACCAGACAAUGAAUGGUUCAUUGAGACCAUGAACACAGUGUUUUCAUUGGGUGGAGACACGAUGCAGCCUGACAUCCCAAACAAUUUCCUUAAACUGCUUUCUGAGGGAUUUGACAGUGUGGAGGAGGACAGGAAGUUGAGGCUAUUUGCUGUGGAUUCAUAUGUUUCUUUGCUGCAAGGAGAGCCUGGCAAACUGCCGCAGCGCUUCCUACAAGUCAUCAGCUGGGUCCUCGGCGAAUACUCUCAUUUGAUGGAGGAACUGGAACCAGCCGCGGUGCUGAGACUUCUGGCCAAACUGUUGGACAUGAAGCACACCAGCAGUGAAACAAAGAGCUGGGUCCUCAUAGCAAUGACCAAGCUCUGUGAGGGCGGGGCAGGUGUUUCUGUGGCUCAGGAGGUUUGUGAAACAUACAGCAGCUCCAUGGACACUGUGCUGAGACAGAGAGCUCAGGAGCUGCAAUACCUCAGCCACAACUCUGAACUACGAGCCAAGGUGCUGCCUCGAGAUGCUCACAUGGAGCCCCUGGAGGUGGACUCCUCUUUAUCAUUUCUGGAUGGAUUUGUGUCCGAGGCGUUGGCGGCCGGUGCUGCUCCAUACAAGCCUCCCCAUCAACGGCAAGAGGAACUAGCCCAGGCAAAAGCGUUGAGCCUGGAGCCCUACAGCCUGUCCCUGCCUAUUAGCAUGUCCUCCUGCAGCAUAGCCGACAGACAGUCUCCUACGCUGCUGUCCAUAAGCUCCGGUCUGUCAGGCGAUAGCACCGACAUCUCGCACAAAGGAGGCUCCACGACUCUGAAUCUGGAUGGAGUGAAGAGGGUGUGGGGGAGGGAGGGCUAUCUGGCCCAUAAGGAACCUGUGGAGGAAACUGCCCAGGUUGAGGUUCCCAGUCCAGUCCAGUCACCCAGCCAGCAGAAGGAGGCUGACAGCUCAGAUAGUCAGACUCAAACUCCAAUACCAACCCCUGAGCCAGAGCAAGAGAAAAAGCAGCUGGCUUCUUCGCUGUUUGUCGGCCUGAGUUCCCAAAGCUCUGCGUGUUUGAUGGGAAAGUCUGAGCCAACGCCCCAGAGGUUCAGAAGAAAAGCCAAAGGUCAGGGUUCAUCCGCUGGUGUCAGCGAGCAAAUACCCAACUCCCUCGUCACGUCUCCCAGCACGGUGGAUAACUUGCUGUGUAACAACCUACUGGACUCCAACAUCGCCUCUGAAACGGACGUUUCCUCACCCAAACAGACAUCCCAACUCGCUCAGGGCCUCACCACUGCUAAUGGCACCUGUGAUGUAGAAGGGGAACUAACAGACAGUAACAUAAAGGGAACUAAGCCCUCUCUCAUCAGGGAUAACGGUAUGGUAGCUGCUGAUCCUGCUCCACUAAAAGACCCAGACGGACCUAAAGACUCAUAUCUCAGUUCCCAUCUUCCUGCAGAGCUCUCUGGGCUGUCUUGCUCAGAAAUCACUCCUCUGUGCUGCAACCAAAGUCUGGAUCUUUCAGCCUGUCAUGUGCAGAAAGAGGACUCUUUAGUGCUAGUUGUUUUUAUGACCAACUCCUCUGACUCUGACAUUCAACAGAUACUACUACAGUUUGAUUCAGAAGAACUUGAGGUAUCCUGUGUGUCUGACAGCCCAGUGGAGGAGGUGAGAAGCCACAGUGUAGCGGUGUGUCAGUAUUCCCUGACUGUGAAGAGGCCUUCCGUUCAUGUUGAAGUAGCCGGGUCGGUGUCUUUCCACGUUCCUGUCGGGACACCUCAGGCAGUGCAGUUCUCAUACAAACUGCCUUUAACCAACUUUGUCAGACCUUUGGCGGUGUCCACAGAGGAGUACGGGACAAUGUGGCUGGCCUUCUCUCAUGAUACGAAGCAGAACCUGAGACUCAUAAAUGAUGUCCAAGAACCUCUCACAGCCACGCUGAAUGUGCUGAAGAAGAAACUUCAGCUUCAUGUUGUGGAGAUCAUAGGGAUGGAAGGUAUUGUAGCUUGCCGGCUCCUCCGGGAUCAGCCAUGUCUGAUGCACUGCCGCGUGCAUGCGGACACGCUGGCCGUGUGGCUGCGCUCUCCAGUCCCCGACCUGCCCGACUGCCUGCUCUACCACUGUCAGAGAGCUUUACAGGAGCACUGAGCCCCGACUGCAACACCUGCACUGACACCAUCAAGCGACACAACCACCGGACUGAAGAGGAAGGUACACAGAGCGUCUGAUGGUGUGCGUUCUCAUCUUUACAUUACAGUGUUAACCAUUUGUUGUUCACUUCCACAAUACGUUAUUCAGCAUGAUUUGGGUUUUUUUUUGUCCAUAAAUGAUUGAUUUUUAACAGUUGACAGAAUACUUAAUGGCUGGUAAAAACCUCAAGGCCAAAAGAUGAUGUAUUUAAACUCUUGUGGGUGUUUGAUGUUUCAGAGAAACACUAAUGUCUUAAAAUGAUGACAGGGCUCCAUAAUGACUUGAAAAUUUCAAUUUAAAGCAUUUUUUUGUGAAUGGAAUGGAUAUUACAUAUGAUAUUCUCUGUAUAAGGUGAAAACCAUGAAUUUCUAGUUAUUUUUUCACAGAGAGAUUAUGUCCUGCUUAAUUUAGACAAAGACAUAAAGGUUGGUCUCAGGUUUUCAUUUAUCAUCUUAAAAACACUUUAUUGCUGUCACCAGUUAAAACUGUUUCUAUCUUCAAGUUCAUUAAAACUGAUUGAAAUGGAAAACAUAGCACCAACUCUGACAUUGGAUUGAUUCAUUAUCAGACGUUUUGGGAGAAGCACAGAGAAGAAAAUACUGGUAUCUUUCAGGAGUACAACACUUCUGUCUGUUAUGGACUUGGUUUUAGUAUUAGCUCAACUUUAACUCAACAUCUUACAUGAGAAUAGUUUGACUUGAAUCUAACAGUGAAGGUAAUGUCCAUAUUGUCCAUUUCUCAUGUGCUAAAUUCAGUUCUCCGUGUUUUGCAGAUGCUGCAUUCUGUGUAAUAUGAUUAUCUAUGCACUCAUGUUUCUGGUUUGUCAGUCAGAUGAAAGGUGGAUUUUAGUGUUUUUUGAUUAUUAUAUUUUUGUAUAAAUGCAGUAUUGAAGAAAAACAUAUUUAUUGGAUUUAUAUUCUUACUGAAAAUAUUUUAUAUUAGUUUCAUUUAAAGGCAAAAAAAAAAAAAUCAUUGUGCUUCAUGUACUGUUUGACUGUGUUGCCAGAUUUGGUCUUCAGUUUGUCCGACUUGUCUCAGCCUGUUAUUUAAUUGAACCUGAAGGGAAAGUUUGGUUUUUUUUUUUUUUUUUUUUUUUUUGCCUGUGUCCUGAUUUGAAGUGCAGCGUGACGCUAACAAUGUGUCUAAACUUUAACCCAACGCCUUAUGUGCUAAUGCCAGGGUGGCGUGUUUGAUUUGUGCCUGUGGUACAGAGAAAAAAAAUCAUUGUUUCAUAGAGUGCCUGUCACUACAUUCUCCUAACUUAUGAAUAAAUUCAACACAUGUAAAUUAA